AUGUGUCCACCUGUCGAAGAUACGCCUGCCAAUGGCGCCACCAACGGAGCCAAUGGCCAUGACGGCUUUACUGGCGUGCGCUCUACACACAACCCUCACCCCUCCCACAAAAGCCCAUACCAGCCGGUAGGCGACUUUUUGUCAAAUGUUAGCCGCUUCAAGAUUAUCGAAAGCACACUCCGAGAAGGCGAGCAGUUUGCCAAUGCCUACUUUGAUCUCGAGGCCAAGAUCAAGAUUGCUAGGGCACUCGACGAGUUUGGUGUAGAUUACAUUGAAUUGACCAGCCCCGCUGCAUCCGAACAGUCAAGACGGGACUGUGAAGCCAUCUGCAAGCUCGGUUUGAAAGCCAAGAUUCUCACCCACGUACGGUGCCAUCUCGAAGACGCCAAGAUCGCAGUCGAGACGGGUGUCGACGGUCUUGAUGUCGUCAUCGGAACCUCCAGCUACCUUCGUGAGCACAGUCAUGGCAAGGAUAUGACUUACAUCAAGAAUACUGCUCUAGAGGUUAUCGAGUUCGUCAAGAGCAAGGGCAAGGAGAUCCGAUUCAGUUCCGAGGACUCUUUCCGUUCUGAUCUAGUGGAUCUGCUCUCCAUUUACAGUGCCGUGGACAAGGUUGGCGUAAAUCGUGUCGGUAUCGCUGAUACGGUGGGUUGUGCGUCGCCCCGCCAGGUCUACGACUUGGUGCGAACUCUUCGCGGUGUCGUUUCUUGCGACAUUGAAACUCAUUUCCACAAUGACUCUGGUUGCGCUAUUGCGAAUGCGUACUGCGCGUUGGAGGGAGGUGCCACUCACAUCGACACUUCGGUGCUUGGUAUCGGGGAGCGCAACGGUAUCACCCCGCUCGGUGGCUUAAUGGCCCGCAUGAUUGUUGCGGACCGCGACUACGUCUUGAGCAAGUACAACGUCAAGAAGCUCAAGGAGAUUGAGGAUCUGGUCGCCGAUCUUGUCGAAGUCAACGUGCCCUUCAACAACUACAUUACAGGAUUCUGCGCCUUCACCCACAAGGCUGGUAUCCACGCGAAGGCUAUCCUCAACAACCCAUCCACGUAUGAAAUCAUCAACCCUCAGGAUUUCGGCAUGUCUCGAUAUGUACAUUUUGCCAGCAGACUUACUGGUUGGAAUGCCAUCAAGAGCCGUGCUGAGCAGCUCGGGUUGAAGAUGACGGAUGCGCAGUACAAGGAGUGCACCACCAAGAUCAAGGCUAUUGCGGAUAUCCGUAAGAUCGCCUUGGACGACACCGACUCGAUUAUUCGUACCUACCACCACAACCUUCAUGCCAAGGAGGAGAAGCCUCUUUUGCCAGGUUUGACUGACGAAGAAAAGAAGAAGUUUGUAGAAGCUGAGAAGGAGCUGAGCGGCGAGAAGGAAAAGAGGGAGCUGGACACUGUUGCAGAUGCAGAGGCUGAGGUUCCUGCUGCCAAAAAGACAAGAACUGUCACUGUCGCAUAA